AUGACUCUUUUUAAACCUUUGAUCAUUACUAGGGCUGUUAUCGAAAAUAGUCUUCUUGACUCAAUCCAAUGCUCUGAGAACCUGCAAGUAGCUGUCAACAACUCCGACCAUCUCAUCGUCCUUGAUCCCAAGCUUCCUUCGCUCAACCAAUGCGUGAACAGACUUCAGGAAAACACAUCCUCUAAGCUUUCACUCGACUUGGAACUUUUUUAUGAUGUGAAUAAGGUCUUCAACAUCAAGGAGCUUGACUCAUUCGGUCUCCAGAUGUUCUCAAAGCUACUCGUCGAGGACGGAGAAGAUAGAUUUACCUUUGGCAGAAUAGCCGAGCCCACGAUUGUUGCGCAUAGCUGGUCCAGAAUAACUGAUAGAACACGAGAUUGCUAUCUUGGACUCUUACUAAAUACGGGAGAGGUUCUAGUGUUGAAAAGGGAGUCGCAGGAUGCUGCAAAAUACAACGUGAUCUUUAGAACAUUUCUAUGUUUACUAGAUCAGUUGAGCAUUCUGCAAAGUCGUCUCACUAAGGAAGGCGAUCUAAUAGUGAAUAAUACUCAUAAUCUCGAGCUUAGAGUGACAAGCUUUGAAUUCGGUAAAACCUCCAAAGGCGGGAAUUUUAUUCUGUUGGCUCAUGCAAAUGGGCAACUCUCAAUUCACAAAUUGAGCCCGAGAUUGCCAGAAACCUCCAGAGUGGAUGUAACAGGCACAAUUGUCAAACAGGAGUGGUCUGAUGAUGGGUCGUCAAUUGCAUUAGUUAGGUCAGAUAACUCCGUAGUGAUGUUAUCACUUGAUGAGAAUGCAACAUUUAAGGAAUCUCCGAAAAUCAUCAAGACAGCUUCACGUUACUUGGUUUCUCGACUUAAAAUCCUUUCCAGUGAUAAAUUGGUGGUUACUGACACACGAAACAUAUAUGUUUUCAGCAACAAUAAUUUAAACGAGACAGAGCUUCCUCAUCGUUCAACAAUUCUGUGUCUCUCAUCUUGCAAGCUACCGUGUGGAUUUGGCCUUCUUUUGGGAUUCGAAACGGGUCAGGUGCUAACUCUCAGAAUAACCUCUGAGGGGAGUUGUACAGUUGAGAGCACUCCGCAGACAUGGAGUGCUUUUGUUCAGCGAGCGGUAAUACAAUUUCAGCUUCUUAAUAUCAAGGAGCAAAGAAAGGCUCCUUCAAAGAUUUUUGAGCCUAUGCUUAAUCACAAAGUGGAAGGAAACUUCUCUAUUCAUGGUGGACAGAUUAGCUCUAAUGGACAAUUCAUCUUUGCUUAUAGCAUAGCGCCGAGAAAUGUAAUUCACUACGAGACAAUCUCUAAAGCAGAAUUCAACAUUGGCCAGAUAGCUAUCAUCGAUUUUUUUCCAGAUGCAAUAAUUCUUCCUUCUACAAACACACCCAUUGCUCAAGUUCAGUCAAUCUUUCUUGAACAUAUUCAUGAAUUGCCCGUUGCAGCAACCGCUAGUAUUAGAAAUAAUCCAGAGGCAAUGGCAAAGUAUCUUGAUUCACUCGCGAAUUGGAAAACGAAACAUUUUGUUGACCCACGAAACAUCGUGCUAGAUUUUAAUCGCUGUAGAUCACUACAGGCAAGUUUAUCUACCCAAUUUCAUCAUAAUGACGAAGUGAGCCAGUUGCAAAAGGUUUUCACCUUUAACAUACUUUUUCUUAGGGCCCUAGAAGCUUUUGAAACAGAAUUGGGCUCACACGAAGCUAUAGAGAUUCGGAAAUCGAUUCUUACAAAGGAGCAAGAGAGCAUCAAAGAUAAGAUCAUCAGGCAUCUAGGCGAAGUUGUUUUAGGCCAUACUGAAAUUGACAGCUCGCUUUCAUAUGCUGAUAAAUUCAUUUAUCUCUCAUUUUGGAAACUCCUUCCAAGCGAGAUAUCACAGAAAUACACUGUUCCCGAUGAUGCCAAGUUGGUCGAAUCAACUGAUUUAGUGACGGAAACGUUUAUGAUCCAGAAAGAUAUAAUUCCUCCAGAAAAUUUCCAAAAGUAUGCCUAUUCCGAGUCCUCUCACGCAUGGCGUCGUUGUGACUUGACGAUGUUGCCAAUUUUGAGUCUCGAUAAUAAAACUGACGAGCUUGAAGUCUUCGUUUACUCAACUCCUGGGUCUAAUGAUAGCGAAUUAGCGACUACGUUGCAAGAGGAGCUCGAUUACUGUAUUUAUACAGGCAAUAGGACAUUUAAACUCAAAGUUGGCCUAUGA